GGAAGAGUGCGCGCGUGCGCGUGUUUGAGUUCGCGACAGGAGCACAGACACCGCACAGGGUCCAACAUGAUCCGUUUCUAAUGCUGGGGCACGGUCAGAAUCAAGCCCCUUCUCACCCCAGAACACAGAUCGUGCAGCAGCAACCCCACCCGAACCCGGAGAUCGGGCUGGAUUCAGGUGGCGCGCGGAAGGACGGCGGAUUGAAAACAGCAGGGCGGCUCAAAGCGGGUGCACGCGCGUUUUAGAAGAGAGAGAGAAAGACUGCCUGUGCAUUAAGAGCCAUGAGAGAAUACAAAGUGGUCGUGUUGGGAUCCGGCGGCGUGGGAAAAUCGGCGUUGACCGUGCAGUUUGUCACCGGGUCGUUCAUCGAGAAGUACGAUCCGACGAUAGAGGAUUUUUACCGCAAGGAGAUCGAGGUGGACUCGUCGCCCUCGGUGCUGGAGAUCCUGGACACGGCAGGGACUGAGCAGUUCGCCUCCAUGCGCGAUCUGUACAUCAAGAACGGCCAGGGCUUUAUACUUGUUUACAGUCUGGUCAACCAGCAGAGCUUCCAAGACAUCAAACCCAUGCGGGAUCAGAUCAUCCGCGUUAAACGGUACGAGAGAGUGCCCAUGAUCUUGGUGGGGAAUAAGGUGGAUCUGGAGGGAGAGAGGGAAGUCUCUUCCGGGGAAGGCAAAGCCCUGGCGGAUGAGUGGAAUUGCCCGUUUAUGGAAACUUCUGCCAAAAAUAAAGGCUCGGUCGACGAACUGUUCGCAGAGAUUGUCAGACAAAUGAACUAUGCUUCGGCGCCAAACGGAGACGACCAGUGCUGCUCGUCUUGUGUUAUUCUUUAAAAAGAAAUGCAUUUAUUACUAUUUUUCUUGUUAGCCAUGGUGAGUGAGCCACACGUGAAUAAUGCCUACGCAAGAUAAAAAAGAGAUCUAACAUGUUUGCUCAAGGACAUAAACACCCACACAUCGCUUAUAUCUGGUGUUAACUGUCAUCAGUAUUCCUAUAAAGUGUCCUACCAUGUCUUGCACCGACAGAAGAAUAUUGAAACCAGUGUUUACAUAACAGAAUACUUGAAUGUUCUGGGAUCUAGAUAAACCCACACAUUAAAAUCACAGGCACUUGAUUUUUUCUCCCUCAGACAUAGUCGCAAGGUGCCUAGCUGUGUGGAAUUGUCUUUUGCAACAACAACAAAAAACGAGCGGUAGUAAUUCAUUAGUAUUUUGUUUUUGAGGUGUGUUGCAGGACUGUACUGGCCUUGGCUUUUUUUUUUUUUUUUGUUCCUCGAGGGGAGGAGGAGACCCCCUGGUAUAGUGGAUGACUAUUCAGGAAUUUUGCUAGAGUUGGGAGUAUCUCUGCAGCACACUGAAUGCACACCAUUGAUGUCAAUACAUGUGGCUGAUCGACGCCCGUUUCGGCUUGCACUCAUAACUGGAACUUAAACCCCAAGACGUGGACAGCUGAGACACGGACGUUUCUAAAAAAAGGAGUUUAGCGGGGAAAUUUGUAUAUUUUACAUGCUGCACAUGAUUUGGGUUGAAGGAGCGGGUGUACUUGGCAAACCGCGUUGUGAAUCUUUCUAAGUAUUGCGUCAUUUUUUGUUUUUGUUUUAGUUUGCCGGUGGAUGACGUCACAAAACAUUUUCACGUGCCACUUCAAAUCCCCCCUCCCUUUACCGUGCGCGAGGACUUUACUGUUGUGACGUGACGACGUCGGAGUUUACGUCAUUGCGUCGAGUGCCUUCCCAAAAGCUGUUCACGAGUUUAGUGCCAACGUGCAAGGGUCUGCAAAGAGUCUCAGUUCAUGGCAAUCCACUAAGUACUUAACUGUUACACUUUGCUUAUUGUUUUGGGGGUUAACACAUUUUAAAAGGACUAUUUUUAACGGAAUGGCAGAUCUCUCAUUUCAUUUUUUUUUUUUUUUAAAUAGGCUUUUGAGUAAAAGUCUGUUUGGCUCUUUUCUUGAAACUGGUCUAGGUUUGGCCAAAUAUAGUUUUGAAACACAGGUACUGCAGCCACCAGACUCAAAACAACAAACCACUGUCUCUCCAAACAAGUUAGAUCAGAUCUUUUUGUUAUUUUGUUUUUAACAAAUGUGAUGUACCAUUGAAAUUCUAAUCCGAUUGUACGUAUAAUUUCAGACUAGCAUUUUUACAGCUGUCUGAUUGUUUUAAAAGAAAGACUUUUAAUACAAAUGGCAUUUAAAAAAAAAAAGCAUCCACAGUGUUCGUUCUCCUUUUGUAUGGUCAUAUUCAGGUAUGGGAAUAUUUAAAAAUCUCAACGUGUGGUGAAUGUCCUCGGGUAUCUACUGCAGUCGCAAAUUAGCUGCAAAUCUACACACCUUUCCCAUGUACUGCUGUUUCUCAGAUUGCGUGAGUAAGCAAAGAACCUUGAGCAACUUCCAAUUAUGCUAAUUUGUGAUAUUACUCUGAUUGAUGGGUCCAGUCUCUUGGGACUGACCUUGUCUAAUGACAUUUGAGGAAACUAAACAAAUAGGGUGCGUUUGUGUAGCAUUUGGAUGGGACUUGGUUAUGAACACUCAAGGGUGGAGUUACAGUAAUGGGGUCAUGUAGCAGAAGUCGUGUCAUGUGACCUGGGCAUGCUUUGAGGUGAAGGAGGAGUGUCACAUUCCACAGCUGCAUUCUAGACUGUAUAUAUGAUAUAUUGGCCAGUGUGUAGGAAUUGAGAUAACUUCCAAGACUCUCGCAUAGGAGUGGAAUUAUUUUUACUUUGAUUUUUUGUUAAGCAUGGGCUAAACUAGAUGUCCAAAAUGUUUGGUCAGAGUUAAGAAAUAGUAUCAAGUUUGUUUUUUUUUAGCAGUAUUUGAGAUGAGGCUAAGCCUUGGCACAUAAUUAAAUAUGUGUGAAGCAUUCAUAUACUUCAUUCCUGUUGAGAUUGGUUAUUCUAUUACUGUCUUUGCUUAAACCUCAGGAAUUUAAGGUAAAAGUGGCAGUUGUGUGCGUAUCAUCUUUAGUCAGAAGUUUUCUUGCUUUGUGGGGUUGGAUAACUUUUUAUAUGUGUUUGCUACUUGAGACUGUGGUAGAUGAAACAAUUUUAUGUUUUCUAAAAAAACAAAAGUCUGUUGUGUUUACCCAUGCAAAACUCGUCGCUAGGGCUGCACGAUUUAUUGAAAUAAGAUUGAAAUCACUAUAUCACCUUGUGCAAUUAUUAAACCGCAAAGGGCUACAAAUCUAUUAAGGAAAUAAAUACUCUGCUGCUUGCUUCAAAGUUUAUGCGCACUGCUCUGUCCUGCCAGGAUUGUGUUGGUAGAGCAUUAUUACAGUGUUUUCAGAGUGGUUCUGUGCUCCAGAACUCCAUCUUGUGCUCCGAGUAAAUAACAGAUGUGCUAAGUUUGGUUCUGUUUUUCUUACGGGCUCCGGGCGUGUUAUAUUCAAAGCGCUCCAGAAUCACUUACAUUUCACUUGCAUAAUUUCAUACAUGUGUGGCAGCUACAAGUAUACAAAUACAAAUAAGACACCCCAUGGCACUGGGUUUUUGUGGACCAUGGAGGAGAAAACCUUAAAAUGAGGAGCAUGUUAUACAGCUGUUGUGAAUUCAGCAACACGCGGAAUCACUUCCUGCAUUAUUCCACCAAAAUAAAAAUGUGACAGAUUGUAACACUUUGGUUUAACUGGACUGCAGAGCAAUGCCCAGUACAAGUUAAGAGUUUAUCACAGAAAUAUAUUACUAUUGUAUAGUAAUAUUAAUAAUACAAAUUAUAUUAUAAUAUUACUAUUCAAGUUCAAGGGGUUCAAAAAAUAAUGAUGACGAAUAGGCUGUGAUUCUUAUCACAAAGUGCUAAAAACAGGUACAACGUGAAAACCUUUUCUCUCUUUGUUUCACAUUUAUUUAUUUAUUUUUAAAGAGGACUUAAUUGUAAACCCUCAAAGGGGUUUGUAUAAUGGUGAUUUCAAAUUGUCGGCAUUACCGUAAUUUACAAAUUACGACUUGUUAAAGCCUAAAUUUAGCGACUAAAUUUGGGCCAAAAGUGAUGCCUUUCUAUUUUUUUGUUUUUCUUAAUAUCGCAGUUCAAGUCGAAAUCACAAUAUUUUUUAAAUAAUCGCAAUUUACUUUUUCAGAUUAUGCAGUCCUACUCGGCGAUGCAAUCCUAAGUUGUUGUGGGUGGUUUUUGGGAUGUUGCUAGGGCAUUCUGAGUGGCUGUUAGCUUGUUGUUAUGUGGUUGCUUGGUGGAUGCUUGCAAAGUCAAAAGAUCCCACCCCCAAGUCUGUAUAUCUUUUCUGUAUACGGCUCAGGUUCCUCCUUUUAAUGCAAGUCUAUGGGAUUCAGACCAGAUUGUUUAGAAAUGUGAUGGCACACAUCUCAUCAAGCCACAUGUUUUGAGGUAUAAUUCAUGUAAUGCAAUAGUGACUACAAAUAAAUAUUGUGCACUUUAAGUCUAAAGAGUGUGAGCUCAGAAACGCUAUGUUGGUCAGUGGUAUGCUAACAUUUAUCCUGCAUUUUGGGAAUCAAUAUUUUAGAUUGGAAAAAAUUAUGCCUGUUUGCACUAUUAAUUUCCAUAGACCAGAGGUGCCCAAACAUUUUCUUAUGAAGCCAAAAUUCAGACUUGAUUUUGCAUUAUAUCAAGGUGAAUUAUAUAAAAAUAUUCAAGUUGCCCUGGUUCCCCUACUUUAUGAUUUUAUAUAUAUAUAUAUAUAGAGAGAGAGAGAUAAUAUAAACAUUACACUGCAAUCUGCUUAAAU